CACUCAGCCUUAACUUGCUAUCAUGAUUCAUAUUCUUCCUGUGUUUCACUUCCUCCUGACAGUCAGUCUUGAUGCUGAACUGAUCAUUUGGUCUUCCUAGGACAGUACCUGUGGUCCUUGGCUAAAUGAUGAAAGCUUAUAACAUUGUUGCGGUCACUGCUUUCUAAAGACACUUUGACAUGAAUGUAAAGCCUGUCAGUCCUACACAAAGGUGGAUUGUGUUGAGAAACGUGGGUCAUCAGUGUUUGUUUAUGAAAUAAUAAUAACGGAUUUUUUAUGUUCUUUUAUUUUAUGUUUAUGUUAUUCUUUUAAUUAGCAGUGUUUUUAUGCACUUUGCUCAAAAUAUUUCAUCCAAGGGAAUGGAGCUUUUCUUGUCUCUUUGAAUGUCACAGUGUUCUGCCACAAGCUCAAAUGACUCUGAAAACUCGAUUCAUUUUAAGAAGGCUUAUUACAACUAGUGUAUAGUAGGAUUGUGACCAUGGAUAUAUGGUUUUGUAUGAAGAUUUACUGUUGUGUUUUCUUCGCUUAACAUAGAACGUGUAUCAGUAAAACAUGGGCAAUUUGUGACUAAACAUCUAUAGAACAUCGAUCAAGAAGUGGUAUAAGAACUUUACAUGUAAUAUCAGACAUUUGGUUUUGCUUCUUGAAAUAAAUUUUGAUCAGGUACAUGUAUCAGCAUGGGCUGAUCCAAAUUUGACUUUUCUUCGACAAACACCUUUUCCUUUAACUUUUUGUAGCUUUUGGAUGGUUUUAUCGUUAUGAUGGAAAAUUUCCCACAAUCCGCAAGGUACAAAGUUUGUUGGUCUGUAAAUUAGUUUGCUGUGUUUGAAUAUCAAUUCCUCUUUUCUUCUCUUCCUCCAUUAUUCCUAGAUGUUCCAUAUAGUAAAAUGCUUCUUCAUUUAACAUGCAAAAAUUAAGAUGCUUUUGGGAUGCAACUGCUUAGAAAUUGUCCAUUUGAAUACUCUGGAAUUCUUAAGUCCCAUCAGCUGCAGGGGGAAUUGAGUGUGUCAAUACUCUGCAGGUGGUGUUCAGCACAGGUGGGCAACAUGUGUCUUAUGUUUUCCCAAAAUGCUCAGAAUAGUCUUUAAAAAAAAAAAAAAAAAAAGUGUACAGAGACAAAUUCAGUUCAAAAAUUCAAGUAUAUAGUUCCCAUUUAUACCUUGGCAGAUCUCCCUGUAAGAGGAGUGUUCAAGGCAAAAGGUUUUCUGGCAUGUGUAUCACAUAGAAAGGACAAAAACAACUGAAUGUCUUUACGCUUGAUGGAACUUUAUUAUGUCUGUAAAAUUGCCUCUAAAAUAUUGCAAUUUAAAUUAUUGUAGUUUCAAAUAACACCCUCUUCCUGCUGUUACUUUAUUCUCUUUAUUGCAAUAAAUCUCAGCAAUAUUAUAGAUUUUUCUGAUGGCCGAUGUACAGAGUCAUUUUGGUCAUUAACAGGGGUGGAACUGUCAAGGAAAGUUCAUACAUCAGCCUCCUGAGAAAUCUAGAUUUCUGAGGAGAUCAGGAUUGUAUUGAACAGGUGAAGUCUUCGAGUUACCAUUUAGGAGUGUUACUUCAACCUCUUGGCAGGGUGGGAAAUGCCAGUGUGUUUUUCUUGAGUAGAGAAUGAGAAAUGACUCUAUGCUGAUACCAUUUUGUAUUCCUAAUGACUGUAAAUCAUCCUGGAGCUGUAACUGGUACUGGAGCCAGUACAGUUAGGAUUUAUUUCUGAAAAAUAUAACUGCAAGUUAUAAAAAUUCUCUCUUAACACAAAUAGGUUAUAUUCUGUUUUGCUGCUGACCAAGAUCACCUCCAGAUACCUUUUCAUAUAUUGAAAGAUCUCACCCAGGUCCUGUUAAACUCUCCAACAGUGUGGGCUAGAAGCUUGGAAAAAAAUACUUUUAAUUGUAGUUUCUUUUGCUUUUUGAAAUAUUUUUAAAAUCUGAAACUGAUGAAUUCUUAUCCUGCUCCAAAUUGCAAAUCAAUGUUUAUUUUAAAAGCAAAAAUUCCCUCUGUACUCAAAAGUCUUUAAUAGGAAAUAAACUGAAUCCGUGGGGAAAACAGGUAGAAAGAAUGACUCAUCCUAAUGUAUCUGCAUACAGGGAAUACAGCUAAGAUUGAUACAUGUUCAUAUUCUGGAGCACUUUGGCAUAGGUACUGCUUAGUGUGCUUUUAAUUUCAAUCAUUUUUCUGAUUUUGAUAUCUAGCAGGUUCUCCUGCUGCCUUGUUACACUUCGUAGACAUGUAUGUUCUAAUUUAUUAGAGGAUAAAAUUAGAUCAGAAACUGGUAUUAAGGUAUGAACUAACUGGCCCUGAAGAAAACAUGCCAGGAGUGUGAUGUUCAUGUUAAAAUGUUAGUGUGAAAACUUAGGUGUUCGACUUGGGCUGAAACUUUUUUUUUUAUUUUUACUUUUUAAGAUUGUUGUUGUUGGGGUGGGUUUUUUUUUCUCCCCCAACAUCAGCAACAUUUAACCAUGAAGCACUAGACAACAUCCCAUUGAACUCAGCGGUACAAAGUUCUAAUUACCUACUUGCCUGGAAGAACUGACUUUUGUAGCUGCCAGGGAAAAUGAUAGUGGUGUUAUCUGUGUGGGAUGCAAGAGGUGGGAGGGUGACAGCUAAUUCUGUGCAAGAUGAAGAACGCUUAUGCUUUGAGUUCACCAAACCAUAAGGAAAAGCCGGUGGCUGUUGAGAUGAGCAGAGCAAAAAAUCAAACUUGAAGCCUAACCUUUCUGUGCAUUGACAGCAAUCCACAAUAAGUAGCCAGUUGCUUCUCUUCCUUUUUCAGGAAAGAAAGCAAAACACAGGCUUUUCAGCAUGAACUAGGCCCUACCAGUACAAACAGGGAAGGGUAGUAGAAAUAUGACAUGACUAAAAGUAGAAAUAAGUAGCCAGUUGUGUUUCUAAGACUAUAGGAACAUAGGCUUCAAAAAGACUAUGAAGUUCUUCCCUUUGCUUAUACUGUACAUGUAAAAUCUUAGGGCUGCUUUGUGCUAUAUUAGGUCUCUCACAUGAAUAGAUUUUAUCUUGUGGUCGCAGAUGGUGCUUUGUUUUCAUGAUGCAGAGUUCUUGCCUAGAAGCACUUCAGUUUCUGCACUAAACUGCCUUUUCCUUGUAACUGCUUGUUUCAUUUCUAUUAAGGCAUGUUGUGCUGUGUUUAGAAUAUAUGAAGCGUGAAGGUGUUUUACAUGUAGAAACAUCCUACCUAUACAUGAGUGUCUGUCACCUGAAAGCGGUCAGUCUUGCAUUUAUGUAAUAACGACAGAACAGAGAGAUGAUAAAUCAAGACAACCAAAUCUGUUUGAAAAUUCAAACUUUUGUAGUGGGUUUAUGUGCCCUAAUGUUGUAACUUUGCAGAGGAGCAAAAGAGUUGAACUGUCUGGUGUUGUAUGGCUUAAGUGAUGCUGUAUGGGCCCUCCAAAAAAGGUUGCGUUUCAUGCAAAUUGCUGAGCAAAUGGACUUUAGAACUGCUUUUAAAAGACCAUCGUUAUAUUUGCACAGACUGUAAUUAAACUUCCAAGGCAGGCACUCAUGUACCAAGCUUGAAGUUUGCCAUGUUUUUAGCUGAUAUAAAAAUCUGAUUAACCAAAAAAAAACUUCCCAGAAAGGGAAAGAGCGAAAGAAAUCAAAAAGUGACAGUCUGUGUGAACAGAAGAAAAAUAAAAAAGAAAUGGAGUUUGAACAAAAACUUGCCAAGGAGAAAGAAGGAAUGUUGGAAAAAGAAAAACAACUGAAAAUUAAUCGUCUUGUGCAAGAGGUGUCUGAGACAGAACGAGAAGACCUGGAGGAAUCAGAAAAGGUGCAGCAUUGGGUGGAAAGACUUUGUCAGACACGGUUAGAACAGAUUUCCUCUGUGGAGAAUGAGUCUCCUGAGUUGGCAGGUGCACGCCCUUCUGCUUCUCCUUCCGCCACAUCAAUGCGGCAGUUUGCCGGUGGCCUGCAGCUUCAUACCACAGAUCUUGACGAUAUUAAUUUAGAUGAAGUUGAUAAGCCUAAACCACGUGUGGUGCCACCUCCACCACCACCACCCUCUGUUACUCCAGCAUCAUCAGCUCAUCUGCUGUCUGCAUCAAAUGCUCCACUUUCAAGAGGUCCAGCCCCAUCAGUCUCAUCAACUUCCCAGGUUGUAAGAAACACCUCCCAUGUCGGCAAAGUAUCUUCUGUGUCAAGCAGUCCUCUGGUAUGUCCUGUAUAGUUAAUAAUGAAUGUAGUUUUAUGAACUUUGCAUGUAAUGCUAAUGUCAAGGAAAUGUCAGGGGUCUGAUUCUGCAUGACCAAUUUAUUUAAAAUUCGGCACUUGUAUUUAUAUAUGCGGAUUCCUCAUUUUUACAAGAUGAGUGAUAUCACCUAGUGGAAGUGACUCCUAAAGGUCUGAAGACAUCAUGUUUCAACCCUUCAGGAAUAUAAGGUCCAAGCUGGCAUAUUCCAUGUGAAGCCUGGGUGUUUUGGAAUGUAUGUUUGGUUCUUCUGUCAAGGCAGAUAGAGCUAGGACCAAAGUAUAUUUUAAACAUAAUGGAUGCUAAAAAGCAAACUGUUCUGAGAACAGUUUGCCUGACCACUGUUAGCACUGCUUUUGAUUCAAGGAUGGCUGGAUAUCAAUUUUCCCCACUCUGAGGUGCUCUAGAGAAGUCUCUCUCUCAAGUGUGCAGCUCUAGGGGAAAUCAUCCAGUUUCAGUGCAGCUUUAACAGGUUAAUAUCUGUGAAUCUUCAGAUUCUUCUGAGAAUUCAGAAAAUUUUCAGAAAGUUUAACAAGAUAUUUUGUGGGGGAAAACAACAUUAGUUUUUCCACGGGGACUUUCAAAUAUCUGGUUCCAAACUUUUUAAAAAAAUUUAGGAGACAGAUAAGGUGACUUAACCAAUUUACUGGCAGUAAUUCAAAUAAUUUCCAAAGAUACAGCUUGUACUGUAUGAAUGAUAUCUGGAAUACAUCACAAUUCCUAUGAGAAACAUCAACAAGAGUGUGCUGGGAGCUGCUGGGGUUGAGUCGGAAACUAAACCCACAGGACUCAGUUCUGAACUCUUUACUUGAAUAAAACUAUGCUUGAUGUCAGUGGGAGUUUUGACUGAGUAAGAAAUAUAGAAUCGGGUUCAGUACAUGCUGAAUGAUUAGCUCUCAAAUGCCCCUGGAUAUCUAUUGUACUUUGUAGAGUUAAGGGGAAGUAAUUUGUGUAAGUAACCCUUGGUAACUCAGGAGAAGUUAUGUUGAAAUACUUUAUGUAGAAUGCUGAUCAUUGCAGCCCUGGUGAAUUUCGCCUUAAAAGAUCUGUUUAGCAUCGUUUGGCUAAAAUUUUAUUUCAGGUACACUGCAUUCUUACUCUCAAAUUCCAGCAUUUUUUCCUGUAGUUUCUCAUUCAGUUCAUUGCCUUUAUGGGAUUAAUGCCAAAAGCAGGGAUGAGAUUUUUCCAUAAUCUUGCUGGUGAAGGAAGUUUAAGGGGGAAAAAAGCUGCUUUCUGGGUGCAAGAGAAGUUAUGUUUUGGUUUGUUACCUUUGUAGGUCGAUUAGUUAAAAUACUUCUGUACGUAUUUUGUUGUAUUAGAGGUAAUAAAUUGAUAUCGGUAAGCUAUUUAUGUUGGGUGGUCUUGGUGAAAUGAUGGCUUUGCGCAAAAUACAUGGUGAAUUGUAACUUUCUUAAAUUGAUACCCAUAGCAAUUUGCUCCAAGUCCACCUACCCAACGACGUCCAGGGGUACCAAUAGUCUCUAAACCAGUCAU